GUAUACACCUGUCAACAACAUUUGCGGUUGAAAUGGAAGAAUGUCCAAACACUUUGGCCACAUUGAGUGUAACUUUGCAGGCUUAGUUGUCUCCUUGUGUCAGAGUAAAUCCCUUUAGAAGGGCAGCAGUAAAGCCUCUUAACCAAUUGCCAUUAGCAGAAAGUGGGUCGGGCUGUUUAAUUGGUAACCUGCUGCCUUUUAAUUGCUAAAUUGCUUUCAGGUGAACGAUGCACCUCUCUAUAUUUAGGGAAUCUCAGGAAAUAUGACGGCCCCCUUAAUCUCCACAAAAAAAAAACGUGUAAAAAGACAAAACACCCCAUAACAAAGAAUCACCCAUUGUUAAUAAGGAAUAUUGAAAUCACUAGGAAUGCAGGUUUUGGUGAACGCCUUCCUUCGCCUGCUCUCCUUCCUGCUCCCUCCCUCCUGGCUACGACUCGGGUUUCGGUGCUGGGUUGGGGGGAAUGAGGAGUACCCAGACGCACCCUGCUCCAAUCCCGCUUCUGUCUCAGCUUCAGCCUCGGCGCACACAAAGCCGCUUAUUGCGCAGCAGGAGGAAGUGCGAGUGAGAGGCGAGUCGCGUCCUCCUCCUCCCGGCCUCGCCGCGCUCGUUCUGUGGGGCACAAUCCGGGAAGCGGCCGAGCUCCUCUCAGCGGCUCCUCUCGCCGCGUUCAAGCGCUGGUGCCGAAAAGCCCGAACCGAUUUGGGUUUUCUGUCGCCCGGUGGAACCGUCACCGCUGACGCAGAAGCACCGAGCGGCUCCGAGCCUGUCAUGAGCGUGGUGGCUACGGAGGCUGGAGACGCGGGGAAGCGGCUGCUCGACAUGGGCACCCCGGUCACCAUCACCGUCGCCAUCCAGGCUGCCGAGGACGAGGAACCUGAUGAGGAGGAAACGAUCAACAACGACAGUGAGGACGAGAUCCUGAGGCAUGACAAAUCCAGUGGUGCUGGUACGAGUGGAGGUGAGCUGGAAGAGGAGAGCUGGCAGCCGCCGGACCCCGACCUAACCCAGAAGCUGAUAGCCCAGAUCGAGUACUACCUGUCUGAUGAAAACCUGGAGCAUGACGCCUUUCUGCUCAAGCACGUCCGGCGCAACAAGCUCGGCUUCGUCAGCGUCAAGCUGCUCACGUCGUUUAAAAAGGUGAAGCACCUGACCCGGGACUGGAGGACGACGGCGUACGCCCUGCGCAACUCCACCCUGCUGGAGCUGAACGAAGAAGGUCGGAAAGUCAGGCGCAGGACGACGGUGCCCGUGUUCGCCAGCGAGUCUCUGCCGAGCCGUAUGUUGCUCCUGAGCGAGCUGCAGCGCUGGCCUGAGCUGGGUGUGGCUUUGGCCGGCGAGGGAGGGACUGGAGACGGAAGCCCCGGGGCGAACCCCGCCCAGCAAGAGCGGCUCAUGGAGCUCCUCCUCAAGGCUUUUGGGACGUAUGGCGCUAUUGCUUCGGUGCGCGUCCUGAAGCCUGGCAAAGACCUGCCGUCUGAUCUGAAAAAGCUCAGUGGGCGCUACUCUCAGCUAGGCACAGAGGAGUGUGCCAUCGUUGAGUUUGAGGAGGUGGAGGCAGCCAUGAAGGCCCAUGAGGCUUACACGGGUGCACAGGGAGACAGCAAGGGCUCGCUGGGGCUCAAGGUGGUGCUGAUCGGUACCAAGCCACCUAAAAAGAAAGUGCCCAAGGAACGGCAGCGGGAGGAGAACGGAAAUGUCGGAGGAGGGUUGCGCAAGAGUCGCUCGUUGAACAGUCGAGUCCGCGAGCUUCAGUAUCACGGAGAUGACUCGGCGUGCAGCUCAUCGGAAACCGAAAGCAACCCGACGUCACCGCGGCUGGGCCGCAAGUCACGUUCCUGCAACAAGCUAAGCCCAAGCAGCUGCCACCUAAGCCCGGCCGUGUCGCCUCGAACCAGUCCGUGGAACAGCCCUCGAACCAGCCCGAGCGUCCAGCGCAAAGUCCCGCUGAAUGCCCGGUCGCCACUAGCCAGCGAGGGCAGGCUGAGUCCCGAGCCGAGUCGCCGCUGGGCGGAUUACUCCUCGGACAGCAGUCUGACGCCUUCGGGAAGUCCGUGGGUGCAGCGCAGGAAGAAAGUGGCCAGUCAGGAGAGCAGCCCAGUCGGGAGUCCCAUGCUGGGUCGAAAGAUCCAGAAUGCGGACGGCCUUCCUCCAGGCGUCGUCCGUUUACCAAGAGGUCCUGACGGCACUCGGGGGUUUCAUAGCACGUCUGUAGCGGAGCGGGGCAAAACGGCAGCCACGCAAACCUGACUCACAUCAGUAGGAGACUCACUUCCCGUAAAAGGCGACACCGAUCUAUAGCAGUGAGGUUUACCCAUCCUGCCAUCAACGUGAGCUGUAAUUACUGAAAUAUGGACCACUGUUCAGUCUGCUUGUACUUGUCUUUGUAAUCCCUUUAAUAUGGAUUUCUUUAUUCCUAUUUAUAUGGACCUUAAUUUGACUUCCAUAUUGUAAAAUGGUGUUACAAGAGAGCAGCUUGGUGCAAAUGUGAACCCACCGUGUACUGGACUAGAAAUGUGAGAGCUCUUUUGUUUUUCUUAUGUAAAUGUUGGUCUAAGAGAUAUGAGACUUGGGAAUAAUGAAUGUCUGAUUUUUUUUGUUUUGUUGUGUUUUAGUGGGUACAGUGGUUUGGUCAUCACCGUAUACCUUGUUGUACGUCAGAAGCAGCAAUCAACCCCAUCGUGGCCAUAAUUUCUCCCUGUGUUUAACAGAAUAGUAAUCACGUACAAACUGAUUUCAUUCUUUUUAUUUUGUUUUAAUUUGCUUUUUAAUUUUCUGCUCUCUACAGUUUUGAGGUUACUAUUCCAGCAGGGAUGUGGUUCACAGAAUUUGUCGGAUCCCGUGUGAAGCCUGUCUGCUUUGUUCGAGUGUAGCCUGUGAGGGAAGUGGGUAGUGAGGUGUCUGGCUCCGGCAUGUAAAAAGGCUUUGUUUGACUUUUACAGCUGAGCAGAGACAAAGUACUUCAGUUCCUACUGUAAAAAAAAUAAAUCACUGCAAUGAU